GUCUAGCUCUCUAAUCCUCCCGCGCGGCGAAGGAAGAACCUGGGUGUAGGUUGGCCAUGGCGGCCGUGGCCACGGGAGAUGGCAGUGGUAGAGAAGGUGAACUCGUCAAACCUUUUACUCCAGAGAAAGCAAAAGAAAUUAUAAUGUCUUUACAACAACCAGCAGUCUUCUGCAACAUGGUUUUUGAUUGGCCAGCCCAGCAUUGGAAUGCUAAAUGUCUUUCCAAGCUCUUGUGUGGAAAGCAGAUACGAUUCAGGAUAGGAAUGAAAAAAACAGAUACAGCUCCUCAGUUUGAAACUAUGUGCAGUUAUAUAGAUGCUACACUUGAGGAAUUUCUGGCCUGGAGCUAUGGCCAAGGUGUUAACAGUUGUAGUCCAUUUAACCAUUAUGAAAAUUCCAAGUUCUGGGCGUAUGCUGACUACAAAUAUCUCGCCAAUGUGUUUGAAGAUAAUACAGAUGUUUUGCAGAAUGUAGUGUGGUCUGAUUUUGGCUUUCCUGGAAGAGAUGGAAGAGAAAGCACCUUGUGGAUUGGCUCACUGGGAGCCAACACCCCCUGCCAUCUGGACUCCUAUGGUUGUAACUUAGUAUUCCAGGUACAAGGAAGGAAAAGAUGGCAUCUCUUUCCUCCUGAAGAUACUGUUUUUCUUUACCCAACCAGAAUUCCUUAUGAAGAAUCCAGCGUUUUCAGCAAAGUCAAUGUUGUCAAUCCUGAUUUAAAACACUUUCCUCAGUUUGUGAAAGCUGAAAGGCAUAUGGUUACACUGUACCCAGGACAGGUCUUGUUUGUUCCCAGACACUGGUGGCAUUAUGUAGAAUCCAUCGAUCCCAUCACUGUCAGUAUAAACUCGUGGAUUGAAUUGGAGGAGGACCAUCAGACUCGGAUAGAAGAGGCCAUCACCCGAACGCUAGUCUGUGCCAUGAAAGCUGCAGAAGAUCCCACUAAUACCAAAGCCUGGUUAAAUCCUACAGAAGUAGAGGGAACAUCUCAUGAAAUCAAUUGCCGGUACUUAAAUGGAGCCAUUUCUGCCUAUUUGGAACAUAAUAAAGGAACAGAAACAUUAAAACUCACAGAGUUCAAAAUAAAUGGUGAUCAUGGAAUGGAGGUACCUUUAAAAAAGAGGAAAUUGGAUGUACACACCAGAACAAAGGAGAAAAAGUCACCUUGUCAUAAGUUAGAUAUGAGUACAACAGAGCCUCAGGAGAAGAUUCCCUUUGGCCUGGAUCUAAUUCCAGUAUUACCCAGUCUUCAAGAUGAAUCUUCAGAAAGCGAUGUAAAAGACCUUGUCGAAGAAAGCGGGGGACAUCUGGGGAAAUUAAAUUGUCCAAAAGAACAGCCAGUGAUGAAUAAAGCUGAGAUACCAUUUGCAGAUAGCAUUGUUUCUGACAGCACUACUUGCCCUUCUCAACCAUUUGUCUCUACAGAUGAUUUGCUGGAUUGUUUGGUGAAUCCCAAAGUAAUUAGUAUAGUAGCACAACUUUUGUUACAGAAAAGAACUUGUAACUUCCCAGUAUAAUUUUUCAGAAAAUUAAAUGAUACAACAUUAAAGGUAUUUUUUUAAU